AUGAGUAAAUGGAACCUCGGGGCCCUGGUCCGCAAGCUGAACCUGAGCUCGCUCGUCCACCACAGCUCUCCCAGCCUAACCGCAAGGCUGCUGGGCCGAGUUAAAGAAAACUUGGAAGUCUUCAUCGCACCCAGGGCUUCAUUCGCCGUAAACAGCCUGCCGUCACUCGCGAAAUGUUCCAGACUCCGUCAUCUAGACCUCUCGCUCGUGGCCACACCUAUUCCCUUCCAGGAUCUCAGAAGAAGUCUAAGCAACCUCGUCAAUUUGCAAACCCUUCGCCUUCCCCAGUCAACUUCCAUCACAGGCACAGAAUCGUUCGGAAUACCUUGGCCCCAGAAUCUUCGCCGUGUCCAGUUCAGCGGCCACUUUUCCGCUGAACCAAUGCGAUCGUUCCACUGGCCGACAUCUCUCACAAGCCUCACUCUGAAGAACUGCUCCGACCUCUCUCUCACAAAUAUUAGCAGCCUUAUGUGCAGUCCUGAUUUGAACCGAACGCUAAAACGCCUUACAAUAUCCGGCUUUAACCGCCGGCUGAGCCCAGAAUCAAUUACCUCAAUACUCGGCUUAACACCCGCUUUGUCAUUUCUCAGUAUCCCUGGUGACAUGGUGGAUGACACAUUCUUCGACCUGCUUUGCCACAUUUGCAUUCCUACGCUGGAGGUGCUUGAAUUCGGAUGGCCAAGUGAAGACCCGACAAUAUACUUUGGUAUAGAGAGCUUGCUCGGAGCGCUUGAGCUCGGCCUUCCGAACCUAUAUGCCGUGGGCUUCGCCGAGGUGUUCACAGAAAAUAGCAUGUUGGAUGACGACGCGGUCGACGACUUUCUGCUCAACCGUGCAAAAACGAGAAAAGCGCUUGAAAACUCUAACAAACCCACUCUGAACAUCCAGCCGGGCGUCUAUUAUGUCUAA